AUGUGGCUCAUAUCGUUCUGGCUCUUUCCGGUCAUAUCUGCCUUAAUGUGGCUUGGCAUGCUACUGGCAAUGAUAGGCUCUUGGGGUGCGGAAAAUGCACCAGUCUACUCGUUUAUGGAUCACGGGCAGACAAUCGCUUAUGUUUCCGACAUUGGUGCAAAGGGGUUAAAGCCUCUCUUCAUCACUGGUGGUGCAAUCACCGGUGUCUUUCUCACUUUGUCCUUUCUCUGCGAACGAUGGUUGCGACAUGCUGGUCAGCUGGCACCGAAUAAGGGUUUCUUCGACAAGGCCUGUGCCAUUGUGUCCAUCUUCUUCGGCAUCGCCGGUGCCCUGGGCCUCAUUUUGUUGGCGGUCUUUGAUACACACCGCCAUCCAAAUAAGCACAGGGGCUUUAUAAUUAUGUUUCUUAUCGGCUAUCUGGUCAGCGCCAUCCUCAUUUGUUUCGAGUACUUACGGUUGGGUCUCUUCUAUCGCUCUCGCCACCGCGUUAUAAUAUAUAGUUUUGCCUUAAAGGUCGCUUUCGUUAUCAUUGAAGUUGCUCUGGCUAUUUCAUGGGUAGUGCUCGAGGGGCGUAACACUGGCCCGAAGAAAAAUACUUCAGCAGUUCUCGAAUGGAUCGUUGCCUUUAUUUUCACGUUCUAUAUUCUCUCUUUUGCCGUGGACCUGUUCCCGUCUGUCCGUACUCGCCGUCGCGUUCCGCAAGGGGAGAAGAUGGUCCAGGUGGAGGAAAACAUUCCAGCAGCUGCCACCUACGAGCAUGAUCUUCCGACAGAUAACAUGGAUGAGACUGCGAGCGCUGCUAAUGCGUAUCGUGGACAACAUAUGGCAUGA